ACUUUACAUUUAAAUUGGAGUACGUCAUUCUUUCUACUAUUAUCAUCUAUUUUUGGAUGACGGUGGAUUGUCUAUUUUUUCAUCACAAUGUCUGCAAUAUUUAAUUUUCAGAGUCUGGUGUGUGUUAUACUUCUGUUAAUAUGUACCUGUACUUACAUCAGAUCUAUCGCUCCAAGUUUUUUAGAUAAUCGUUUAGGAAAAGUUGGGUUCCUUGGCUUGUUUUGGAAAUGUGCACGAAUUGGAGAACGGAAAAGUCCAUACGUGGCAUUAAGUUGUAUUUUCAUGGCAUUUAGUAUUUUAUUCUGGACAUAGACUAGACAUUUUUUCAAUAAAUUUUUAUAAAUUUGUACAAAGAUAUUUUGGAAAAAGAUAUGGAAAUGUUCGUAACAUUUAAUAAGGUAUGAAUGAUUUAAUAGAAACAAGGAGUGCAUGACAAAUAUUUAUCGUUAAUAUUUCUUAGAAAACAGAAGAAGAAAAGAAGAAAUUCCUUUUAAACGAACUGUAAUUUAUAAAGCAACAAUGAUUUCUAA